AUGAAACCUUCGGUUUCUAGUGCUACUAGGCCACUUUCUUCAAGCCACUUGUGUUCGUUACAACUUUAUUGCAAAGGAAUAAUCCUUCUGCAACGCCUUCUCCUAGCAUGGAUCAUAUUGGAGCUGACUUACGUACGAUUUGUCGAACCUAUCGGGAAUAUGGAUUACUGGUGGGAUCUUGGAUUACUGUCUUGGCGCACAGUUCACCAGAACCCGGCAUAUCUUUUGGCUCCGAAACCGUUGUGUUUCCGUGUGCAGGGUCUGACCCACUCACAGAUGCGCCUGUGUCAGCGAUAUAUUGACCAUAUGCCAAUGAUCAGUAUAGGCGCCAAACUUGGUAUUCAUGAGUGCAAAAAGCAAUUCAGAUAUCGGCACUGGAAUUGUUCGUCGAACGGUGAUGGCUCUGCCUUCGGGCAAGUGACACGAACUGGUAGCCGGGAGGCAAGUUUUGCCCAUGCGAUCUCCGCUGCCGGAGUGGUUCAUGCUUUGGCGCGCAGUUGUAAAGUCGCACAGUUACAUUCAUGCGGUUGCAGCAAGGCAGACAGACCGCAAGAAUUGCAUCGAGACUGGAUUUGGGGUGGUUGUGGGGACAAUAUUGCGUACGCCUAUCGGUUCGCAAAAGCAUUCAUCGAUGUCCGAGAGAAGGAGAAAAGUUAUCCCAGACACUCAACCGAAUUGGCAAGGAUGCUGAUGAAUCUGCACAACAAUCGAGCAGGUCGAUUGGCGGUGUACAAAUUGGCAUCUGUGGCCUGCAGAUGUCACGGAUUCUCUGGGUCAUGCAGCCUGCGCACCUGCUGGACGCAACUCUCCCCGUUCUCUCGUAUAGGGACGUACCUACGGCAGAUUUAUGAUGCAGCUAUCAAAGUCAAAUUCAAUCGUAGAGGAACCAAACUACGCCGCGCCAGCCGUCAUGGGAGCCGCAUAACACCAGAUCAUUUGACCUAUUUGGACGAUUCGCCAAAUUACUGCCACACAUACGGUCCAGUGGAGGAACUAUUCGGAACCCGAGACCGUGAAUGUUACCCCAACCGUACCGAUGAGAUGAGCUGUGCUCAACUGUGUUGUCAACGCGGAUCGCGUGUGUUGCUUCGAGAUGUGCACGAAAAGUGUCACUGUCAAUUCCAUUGGUGCUGCCGCGUUGAGUGUCAGACAUGUGCCCGAGCAGAAGAGUAUCAUGUGUGCAACUGACUACGGAAGGAGAAAGAGCUGCUCCGUACAUCGACUUCCGAUUUCUUCCACUGUCUCCUCCAACAACUUGC